AUGGAGACAGAUUAUGAAGGUGGUAUGCCAAAUUGCACUUAUCGUUAUCCAUUUCCACCCGAGAAAGAUACCAUCUCAGCGUAUGCACUUCUGAUUGAUGGUCCGUGUACAUGUUUAGCCGCAUUGUUGUCCAUGAUCGGAGCCCGAUACGCAAUUAAAUUCCUGUGCCGUGCGGGUCUCAACAAAGAACUUACUGCAGCGUUGUUCGCCUUGUGUGCAAUCGAUUCCCUUCUCCUGCUCACCGUCUUCCUCUUCUAUGGAAUCGAGGCAAUGUCGGUGUUGUUCUUUCGGACAAAUAUAAUGUACGAUAAACAAGACUUUACCUAUAAUUUACAUGGAAUCGCGAGCUCGUUGACCACCGCCUCGGUUUACAGCACUGGUUAUCUACAUCACUUUCCUCCGGUUCAUGGUUGUUGUACGACCUCUCCGAUUUGCACGAGUAUGGCAUCAAACCAUAGAAGAACUGGAAGUAAGGCAGUCAGAAAAGGAUCAGCAGCACAGCUCGAAGAUUCGGUAACCACUAACACAACAUUCUCCCGCGGCACAUUCAAUAGUUCAUCGAUCAAGAGACACUAUAAUUUGCGCGAAAUGAUUCGUCCUUUCUAUACACCUUUUUUGUUCAUUCUGCUCAGCUUCUCAGUGAACAUUCCAAUCUUCUUCGAGUUCACAACCACUAAAUGUUUCGAUGUUGAACAUAAUGCCGAGGCGACAAACCCAGAAGCAACAGUUUUCCGAUCAUCAUUUGCAAAAUACAAGGCUGUUCUUAUGACGCUAACCCAAACCAUCGGCCCGGUGUCUAUCAUUUUGGUUCUCUCAAUUCUGACAGAAUACAAAGUUCAUAUGAGCUUAAAGGCAAGAAGAAAGUUGUUUGAGAGUCAACAAAGAAGUCGUUCCGUGGUUCUAAGCGAGGAAUUAAAAGAGCGUGUUUCUAGAACUGUAGCCGUUUUCAUCGCUGUGAAAUUUCUCAUCUUCAGGACCAUGCCAAUCUUUUUUGACGUCUAUGAAAAUCUAUAUGGAAUCGACGGAUGGGGUACUGUAAUGAGCAUAAUGGUGAGAGUAUCUGACUUUGGAAUCGUCUUGAACACUGCUACAAACUCAUUGGCCUACUUUGGAAAGAAACGAUGGAUCGAAAAACGUCUUCGUCUUCGUUUAAUGAAGAAAGAGGAGAAACGGAAUGCAAAAGCUACACUUUCGGUUCAUGGAGGAAACUCUCUGAAUGCGUCAAUGAAGAAGUUAACGCCUUCAAAACUCGGACUUCCGCAUCCAUUGUCAGCAGAGAAGACUCCUCUAAAUUCUAAAAACAUUUACCCUGAGAUGGUUUGA